AACCGGUCUAACCCCUCCCCUAGCCCAGUGCUGUUGGGAGCAUUGCCCCAGCAACGGCUCUCGGCUUCACCUGAGCCAGGUGACAACAGCUGCGCCUCAUCUGGUUCCCUUUCCACCCUGCCGGGAGCUUUCAUUGUUAUUUAUUUCAAAACAAGUCCCUGAUUCUUGUUUUUGAAGCAGAUCUGGCUCCUUCCAGUCGCAAUGAACAUUGUCCUGUCCAGAGAUAGCCAAGUCCGGGUGAUGGAGAACACAGUGAACAAUGCUGAGAAGUACUUCGGCCAGUUCUGCGUGCUGUUGGCUGCCUACACCCGGAAGACAGCCAGACUGCGAGAUAUGGCAGACCUGCUCGUCAAGCAGCUCUUGGAUUUUGCCAAUACCGAGAAUCCUGAAAUGCGCACGACCUUGAAGAACUUUGCGGAGGAGUUGGCUAAGAUACAAGAUUACCGGCAGGCGAAGGUUGAAAGAUUUGAACUGAAAGUCAUCAAUCCACUGAGACUGUAUGAAACUCAGAUAAAGCAAACCCGUGCUGAGAUCAAGAAAUUCAACAAGGCUCGAAAUAAUGAAAUCAAACAACUAGAGAAAUUGGAAAGACUGAGGCAGAAAUCACCUUCUGACCGACACACUAUUUCCCAGGCUGAGACAAAUGUGCAGAAAGCGGCUGUGGAUAUGAAUCGUACCACUCACCAACUUGAAGAGACCAUUGAUAUAUUUCAGAAGCAGAAACUGAAAGACAUUCAGAAAAUUUUCUCUGACUUUGUGACCAUUGAGAUGGUUUUUCAUGCCAAGGCUGUGGAGGUAUAUUCCAAGGCCUUUGAGAUACUAGAAAACUAUGACUUGGAAAGAGAUCUAGAGGAUUUUAGAGUCAAGGUACAUGGUGUUCGUGGGAAUGUUGAUGCAAGGCCCAUCAAUGCUACCAACCCUUCCUCAUCUCUACCAUGGUCUUUUGCCACUCCGAGUGCCCAGAGCACCAUGCAGAACCAGAGGCAAGAGGAGGAGGAAAUGAGUGGUGAGGCCUCCGCAGAAGAGGACCAAAUAGAAGAUCUCAGAGAAACAAAGACUUCUCGGAUUAGAAAAUAACCAUCCCUUGGCAGUCACCAACAUUUGAGUUUGAAAGAGCAUUCUGUAUCUUUCUUAACAAUGUCCUAAGUUCAUUCUUCAUCCAUAGGAUCCUUUGAUAUGACCUAAGUUGGAAUUAUCCAACAUGGCCUCCCAUGUGGCUGGCAAUAGUCCCAAGGGAGGCCUGGGAGAACUAUUUAACAAAGUGCAUCAAAAUGCAAUAUAGCAAAGAUGAUGUUAAUUUGGGAUUUUAUGAGUCAAAAUGUGACCUGCAGGGUUCUUUAUGUAGGUAGAGUUUAGCAACCAAUUUUUUUUUUCUAUUUGAAUUUGAUCCCACUUAUCUAAGUCAAAGCAUCUUAAAUGACCUCAUAAGGAUCACAUAACUGAAUGUGGGGGUCACAAAAAAACUUGACAAUAAUAAAAGAU